AUGCUUCAAAAUGCAAAGCUACUAGAAUUACUAAAGAUUAGAGAAUUUAAACGUCUCAGAAGCGGUAGAUUAAGUAGAAAUUUUGAUGGAAAUUACUUUGGAGAUCAUCCAGGAGUUGAUUAUUUUAGAAAAGACGAUUAUGAUUUUUUUUUUCCUAAAGACUAUCCUCAAGACAACCAAUGGGUUAAGGAAGCUAUUCAGAAAGGAGCAGUGAUGGCACGGUCGGUUAAGAGACAAGCAGCAGAACAAGUAGCAAAAGAUGAAAUUAAAGGAGGAACAUGUUUUGGCUUUAAUUGUGAAAACGAAUUGAAGAAUGUAAGUUUGGAAUUAAAGAAUGCGGAUCCUAAAAAAAAAGUUGAAAAAGAAUCAAAAGAUCUAAAAAAGGAACUUUUAGAAGCAUUCAAAAACAUAAAAGAUGAAGAUUGUAGAAAAUAUGAGGAUAAGUGUAUAUUUUUAGAAGAAGCAGAUCCAAUUAAUCUUAAGGAGAACCGCGUUAAAAUAAAACGAGUUUAUGAAAUAUUAUUUGGAAACACUGUUGAAUUAGUGUUUUCAUGCCUUAAUCCAAAUGUUACAUGUCAAAGGCUCAAAAGCAGAGUGGAAGAUGUUUGCACACAUUUAGGCAGAAUAUUGAAUGAGAAUGAAUUAGAGGAAAAAUGCCAAGAAUAUCUUGAAAACUGUUAUUUUUAUAAAUCAAAUUGUGGCAGUACAAAAUAUAACAUUAUACUGGAAAAAAUUUAUGAAAAAGAGGAAGUUAAAGGAAUUAUCAGUGAAAAACUACAAGAAAAGAGCCUAGAAAAUAUAAUAUUAUUGUUGAGUAAAGAAAAGAAUAGGAAAAGUCUACAAGAAAUAUGCAAAAAUGUCUUAAAUGAUUGUGAUUUUUUAUACAUGAAUUAUCAUUUAAAAGAAUUAUCCAAAGAAGCAAGUAAAAAUAUAGACAGCAGAUGCAAAGAAUUAGUAAAGGUAGAAACGCGAUAUACAAAUCUUAAAUUAGAACUUUACCUGAAAGAAUUGUCUACAGAAUUUGAAAAAAAUAAAGAUUCAAAAUAUUUUUCAUGGGAACAGGUUCCAAAAUUACCUAGUAAGGAAGAUUGUAUAAAGUUUGAGUCGGAAUGUUUCUAUUUAGAAAAUGUAUGUACGAAUAAAAUUGAUAAAGCAUGUGAAAAUGUAAGAAUAGUGUGUUAUAGAAAAGGACAAAAUAGGGUGUUUAAUAAAUUAAUUCAAAAUCGAUUAAUAAGUCUUAAUUAUUUAAAAUCGUAUGAAGUAAAACUUAAAGAAUGUAAAGAAUUAAUGGUUAAAAAUUGUAUAAAAUUUAAGGGAGAUAAAAGAUACUUUCUAAAGUGUCAUCGACCAACUAAACUAUGUUAUGAAUUUUUAGAAGAUAUUAUUGAUCAAUCGAAGGAAUUCGAGGCACUUUUGGAUUCAAAAAGAGAUUUUCCAAAAGGGAAUGAUUGUUUUAAACUGAUAAGGAAGUGCCAUGAUCUUAGAACAUAUUCACAUUCGAAUAAUGAUAGAUGUACUACAUUGAAUAUACGCUGUGAAUAUUUAGAAGUUAGAGAAAAAUUUAAAAAAAGAUUUUUAGAAAGAAAAGAUGAUUCAUUAAAAACAAAGGAAAACUGUAUAAAAGCGUUAAAGGAAGAAUGUGAGAGAUUGUCUAGAGGGAAAAAGAAUCCAUUUGUUACUUUUUGUGCUUUGCCAGAAGAAACAUGUAAUUUUAUUGUAAAAGAGGUUAUAGAUGAGUGUUAUAAUUUAGCUUAUAACAUGAACGACAGAAAUAUUAUUAAUAAAAUUGAAAAAACAAAUAAAGCAUUGACUAAAGAAAUCUGCAUGUUUUGGGAUCCAUAUUGUCAUCAAUAUAUAGAGAAUUGUCCGGAAAUAUUGAAACAAGAAAACAUUAACACUAAAAGGGCUCACUGUCUAAAACUCCAAAGAUAUUGUACUCCAUUAUGGGAAAAUUUGCGAUUGGAGGGAGAGUUAAUUCAUGAAUUGAAAAGUAGUUUAAUUAAUGAUACUAUAUGUAAAGAAACAUUAGAAAAGUAUUACACUAAAUGGAAAAGUGAAAAAAAUCAAACAUUCGAUAGUGCAAGUGAAGAUAAAAAUGGUUCAAGUGAACAUCUUAGGAGAAAUGUUUGCAAGAAGUUAAUUGAGAAAGUAAAAAGAAAAUGUUCAGCCUUAAAAAAUGAACUGGAUAAAGAAAAAGAUGAAUUAAAGGAGAAGAAUGAAUACGAAAAGGUUAAAAAGGAGGCAGAAAAUUUUAUGAAAGUAACUAACUUACUGUUGUCAAAACCUAAAAAAAAUGAAAAUGGACAAAGUGCUACAUUAAGUGUACAAAAUAAUAGUGUUCUUGCACCAGUGGCACCGUCAACAGCACCGCCAACAGCAGCGGAAUCGGCUUCUUCACAAGGCGGAACGGAACACACAACGGAGCAAAGACUUAUUUUGAGAAGAUUUGUAGAUGAAGGGGUAUCAAAAACAGAAACGAACGCAUUUGAUCUAAUGACAAGAGCAUUGAAAUUGUAUUUAGGAAUGAAAGAAGAUUGUAAAACUUUGCAAGUAAACUGCGGUUUUAGAGAGAAUUGCUUGAACUUUGGGACAGUAUGUGAAGACAUAGACAAGUUGUGUAACGUAAAACCAUUAGAAGUUAUACCUCAUCAUACACUGAUAUUAACGACGAUAUCGACAGCGACGAGAACAGCAACAAUGCCCAACAACAGCGACAUUGAUGAUAACGUAACAACGUCAAUAAAAGAAGCAGCAACAGAACAAUGUACAUUAAUUCGAACGAUAAAUACAUCGGUGAUAGAUACAUCGUUGCAUACGAGUACGAUGACAAGUACAUCUGCAGUCACAUCUACGGUGACAUUGACGUCGAUGCAAGAAUGCAAACCUACGAGAUGUACAACAGAUUCAAGUAGAAAAACAAAAAUGAGAGGAAAACUGAUAUCAGGUCAAGGAAUGAAGAUGAGAGUACCAAAAAUGAUAAAAAUAAUGUUAGGAGUGAUUGUUAUGAGAAUGUUGUAA